AUGUUGACGUUCGAGACCUCGCAAUUACAAGGAGCGAAGGAUAUCGUUGAAAAGUUGGUUUCUUUACCUUUCCAAAAAGUGGCGCACAGAAUUUCAACAUUGGAUGCCCAACCAGCUUCCCCAAGCGGUGACAUUUUGGUUAUGGUCACUGGUGAGUUAUUGAUUGAUGAAGAGCAAAAUGCUCAGAGAUACUCCCAAGUAUUCCAUUUGAUCCCAGAUGGCAACUCAUACUACGUUUUCAAUGAUAUCUUCAGAUUAAAUUAUUCUUGA